GGGGGUGGGGGUUGGGUUGGGUCGGUUGCACGCCCUGUUCCAUACUGGCAAGUUUUGAAAGUCCGUUUAACAGUCCAAGGAUAUUGUGUUUGAUGCAGUUGGGAUGUCUUGGAAUAAUCUCCCCGCGCAAUUUCUGUCGAGAACUAGAAAAGCGUAUUGUGUUGCAUGUUGGGUUUGUUAACGGUAUGGGCAGGCUGCAUGCAGUGUUUCUAUCAUCGUAGGGUGGAACGUCGAGUGUAAGGUGAGAAGGGCGUGAGACGUUUGGCGCGUGACUGAUUCGUCAGAGGGAGAGAGAUGGAGAAAUAAAGAGAGAGAGAGAGAGAGAGAGAGCCGUCCACAGAGGUUUGCCGGCGACUUCAGCUUCUCACUGUCUUGCAACGGUCUUGGAAGUGGUUCCGUAGACUACCCGCACGGUGUCUCAGGAAAUCUUUAUCGGGAUCAGUAGUACGGCUGGUCUUCGAUAUGCAAUAUGUGUAACUUAGACUUGGUCGAAGUUUUGGUGUGGCAAGUUCAACCGCUUUUUCGAAUAACAGACAGCGACUCCUGCUGGUGGUCGGCAACCAUAGUAUUGUUGAAAAUGGCAGGGGAUAGACAGUGAACAUCAAUCUUCAGUUUGCAAUGCUCUUGCGCCUACCCCAACUCUGUAUGGCAGAGGAUUAGCCUCCGUUCUGGCUAAAGCAAGUAAUAUCGUAGAGAGAGGAAUUGAGAACUUCUGUGACAGAGGGUCAGAUUCUGGGAUUGUGCCUGAGCAGUUGAGGAUGUUGGCCUCGGUACAGAAACGAUGUGUUCUAAGUGUCUUAUUCUUAUGCAACCCUGACAGAUUACAAGUCAGCGUUUCAAUAUUGUCAGGCCGCAAUUGAGCAUCGCUGGUACAACAUUUUUUGUGGAUUACACAUGGAAGGCACGCGGGAAUUUCAAUAGUUUGCUGCCUUGUUGACAUCGGAGAUCUGAAUUUGUCGAAUACCUGUUCCGGAGCUGAUCUCUAGAUUUAGUGAGAGAUACCUACAGCUCUUUGGAUUUGUGCCCGGCAUUUCCAGUGAAAAAAAAUGUUCAUUGGGUAUUAGAGCUUCAUUGACAAUCGAUGUCGGCUUUCGGUGAAUUAUUUGAGGUUUCGAAAAUGUUAGGACAAUCAGAACGUAUGGGGUCUGUGAGGAUCAGUUACUGAUUGGGCACACUUGGAGACUAUGAGGAGAACGGGGCAUAAUGAAGGUCCUUACUUCGCUAGGAUUGUGGUCAAAGUUCUUCCUCUGCCUGGAGAUUCUCGCGUCACUUGCAAUUUGCAGCACUUCAGAGCCUGGCCUGAUUCAGCAGUCAGCACCGCGGAGCGCCUACUCUGACAUUAGUGUGAGUGAAAAUUCCUGGCAGCCAAAUGUGAGGCCUCCUUGGAAACCAAAUGUAAAGCCCCCUCGUUGCGACCCAUCGCAGCCGAGAUACGACUCGAAGUGUUAUGCGAAGCUAGUCAAUCAGUCACUCCGUUGCGAGUCCGACCUCGGAGGAGUGGGUUCGCUGGAGACUUUGUGCAGGUUGCGAUUUUCUAUUACUCUUGGGGCCAGUUCCUUCAUUGUCGGAGCGGGAACCCUUGAAAUUGAUCACCAUGUCACCCUUGCAUGCGCAUCGCCAGGAUGCGAGAUCGUUGUCUUACUAUCUGGUAAUCUUAUUUUGGGUCCAGAUUCUUCAAUUAGUGGAGGUAGCCUGACAAUACAAGCGGCGAAUCUUACAUUACUCGACAAGUCCUCAAUCAACAGCACGGCUUUAGGUGGAGCCCCGCCGAUUGGCACAAGCGGCACCCCAUCAAACUUCGAAGGCGCUGGCGGUGGCCAUGGCGGCCGCGGCGCCUCUUGUGAGCAGACCGAUGACCAACUCGGUACUGGGGGUGGUGAUAUAUACUCGUGGGAAACACUCUCCGCUCCAUGGAGUCAUGGCAGCCGAGGCGGCACUACUGAGGAAACGUCCCGGGACCUCGGCGGCGCAGGAGGAGGUCGCAUUGCAAUCACCACUGGUGAACUGUCCAUUAAUGGUGCCAUUGUGGCCAACGGCGGGUCUGUUGGAUUAAGUGGCGGCGGCGGCUCUGGCGGCAGCAUCAUCAUCAGAGCCCAAAACAUUGAAGGAAAAGACGGGGCUAUAUCUGCUUCCGGAGGUAUAGGGCGGGGCGGUGGUGGAGGCGGCCGCUUAGCCAUCGAUUACACUCAAUUGCAGGGUGUUGAUAUCUUCUAUCAUGGUGGUGAUAGUUUAGGCUGCACACAGAAUUCUGGAGCCGCAGGCACUUGGUUCGAUGUGACGACACAGACUUUGACAAUUUCGAACAACAACAAGGACAGUCAGACUGAUACGGUGCUCUUAACCUUCCCCGUCCGGCCUCUUUGGGGAGGCGUCCUUGUGAAAGAAUCAGCGAGAGUUGGACUUCCUAUGCAGUGGAGUCGAAUGCAGGUGUCUGGCGCAGUGAAACUGUUGUCCGAGAGUGUGGUCAGUUUUGGCGCCCAAUUUUCCAGUUCAGAGUUGGAGCUGAUAUCAGAUGACUUUGUCAUGGAGAACUCAACCCUGUUGGUUUAUGGAGCGCUGCGGCUGACGGCGAAUACGCUCUCAUUGAGAAAAUCUAUGAUUGAUAUUGUUGCCAGCUCAGAUGAGAUGCUCGUUGCGGCCUCAGCUGUGGAGGCAAGCAAUCUAGCGUACAUACGAGGAGGGUCAACGAUCAGAUCAAACGCAAAUCUUGGGGUCCAUGGGCAGGGUCUGUUGCAGUUGCAGGGUCCUGGGGAUUCUAUCAUGGCACAGCGUCUGUUCGUCUCCUUAUUCUUCAAUGUCAUCAUCGGACCAGGUGCUACGUUGCGGGCGCCACUAGAUACAAAUUCUCCCAUUCAAGAUCAGAUUACGAAUAUGUACUGUAAGAAGUCAUUUUGUCCCACGGAGGUUCUAAGUCCGUCCGAGGAUUGUACCCUGAAUGUGUCAUCACCAUUCACCCUUCAGAUUUGUCGAGUUGAAGAUGUAGAUAUCUUUGGCGUGAUAUCAGGAACCGUAGUGCAUAUACAGCGGGCUCGGAAUGUCACCGUCAACCGUGAGGGGGUACUCUCUGCAUCUGGCUUAGGGUGCGUAGAAGGUCUCGGAGUAGGGAACGCAACGGACAAGGGCGCAGGAGGUGGAGGAGGACAUGGGGGCAAAGGCGGUGCAGGAGUUCGGGAUGGAAUAACAUCAAAUGGAGGUGAUAGCUAUGGCAGUGAUGAGUUGCCCUGUGAACUUGGUAGUGGUGGUGGUAAUCCUGGCACCGGCAACUCCACUGCAGGUGGUGGACUUAUUGUCGUGGGAUCAAUGGAGCACCCAGUUACUGUGCUCGACGUCUAUGGUGUAGUGGCUGCCGACGGAGCCAGCUCCACAAGUAACGACCCAGUGAGAGUUGAAGUUGCAGGAUCGGGAGGUGGCUCCGGAGGAAGUCUCUUACUGUUUCUGCAGACCAUUACUUUAGGGAACGGGUCUCGUCUUUCCACUGUUGGUGGAAAAGGUAGUGCAGUUGGUGGUGGCGGUGGGGCUGGAGGACGAGUGCACUUGCACUGGGCUCACAUUCCCAUUGGAGAGGACUAUGUGCCCAUCGCCACCAUAGCGGAAGGUCGUGUCGACACGAGUGGAGGAGCAGGUAGCAACGAUGGGCUCAAGGGCGAUCACGGCAAGGUCAGCGGGAAGCAAUGUCCACGCGGUCUCUAUGGCCUUUAUUGCGUGGAAUGUCCUGUUGGAACAUAUAAGAAUGUGACGGGCUCAUCACGUGAGCUCUGCAGAGAGUGCCCUCCAUUGCCUCAUCGUGCCAAACAUGUAUAUGUUCGUGGUGGUGUCUCGGAGUCAACUUGCCCAUAUCAAUGUAUCUCGGAGAAAUAUCGGAUGCCUCACUGCCACACUAUGUUGGAGGAGCUAAUCUACACGCUUGGAGGCCCGUACCUAUUUGCUCUGUUCUUAACUUCGGUGAUGAUAAUUCUGGCUCUCAUGUUGAGUGUGGCGCGCAUGAAAUUAGUUGGCAAUGACGACUACUCUCGCACGACUGCAACGCCGCGAGGACUUCACGUCGAGCAAUCUUUUCCAUUCCUGGAGUCUUUGAACGAAGUGCUUGAAACCACUCGCGUUGAGGAGUCCCAAUGUCAUAUCCACAGAAUAUACUUCAUGGGGUCCAAUUCGUUCAAUGAGCCGUGGCAUUUGCCGCACUCUCCUCCGGACCAGAUUGUCGACUUUGUAUAUGAGGAUGCUUUCAAUAGGUUCGUAGAGGAAGUGAACGGCUUGGCGGCGUACCAAUGGUGGGAGGGCUCAGUGCACAGCAUUUUAACGCUCGUAGCGUACCCCUUCGCGUGGUCGUGGCAGCAAUGGCGUCGAUGGGAAAAGCUACAGCGAUUGCAGGAAUUUGUGCACUCUGAAUACGACCAUGCAUGUUUACGCUCGUGCCGGUCUCGAGCCCUUUAUGAGGGAUUGAAGGUGUCGGCUGGGCCAGACCUGGUAUUGGCAUAUAUAGAUGUCUUUCUUGGAGGCGAUGAGAAGAGACUACCGACUUCACUACACGAGCGGAUGCCAAUGUCGAUCAUCUUCGGCGGCAACGGGAGUUAUCUAUCUGCUUACAAUUUUCACAGUGACAAUCUUCUCACUAAUCUUAUGUCACAGGCAGUGCCAGCAACAAUGUGGUAUAGGUUGGUAGCCGGAUUGAACGCGCAGCUGCGGACUGUCAGGAAGGGAUCUCUACGCAGUACCCUCUUACCUGUCAUCAGCUGGCUCGAGUCUCAUGCCAAUCCCUGGCUUUACGAACACGGGUUACGUAUCGAUUUAGCCUGGUGUCAAGCUACAGUGUCAGGCUACUACCAACUAGGGUUACUUCUUAAUGAAGCUGAUGAUAUACCGCAAUGCUUCCAGUCUGCCACACUGCUCAACAUGCCUCCACGGUCUCCAGCCAGUUUGAGUACAGGGAGCUUUGGUUCUGUUGAGGAGGGCACACUAAGACGACCCCAAAGCUGGCAUCUGAGCCCUAGCUACUCCUCACUAGGGUCCCGGCGACGAAUUGGCGGUGCGACACUGGAUGCAGUGUCCGUGAAAACACUGGAAGACGGACAUUUCCCAGCGUUUCCGCUGUCGUUCCUCCUCAGGAACACUCGACCAGUUGGUCAGCAGGCUUCUGUGGGCUUAGCCAUUUCCUUGCUGAUUCUGGUCGAUCUGAGCUUAACUCUUCUUAUGUUACUGCAAUUUCACUCUGUCGGCAUCGAAGCAGUACUCCUGAUUGUGUUGUUCCUCCCGUUAUCUUCAGUCUUACCUUGUGCAGCUGGGCUGAACGCCUUGUUCAGUCAUGGUUCCAAGAGGUCAGCGGGUCUGGCGCGUGUAUAUGCUCUUUGGAACGUAUCGUCCAUUGUAAAUGUGCUGGUGGCAUUGACAAUUGGGUUUCUUCAUUACGACAUGGGAGUAGCUCUUCAUGCAAAUCAUAUACAUCCUAGGUUCAUCAAAUCUGAGGAAGACACCUGGUGGGUGCUCCCUGCUCUUCUUCUGUUGGUUAAGUGUGUGCAAGCGAGGACAAUCGAUUUACACGUAGCCAACCUUGAGAUCCAAGACCGUUCACUGUAUGCAAGCGAUCCCUUCAAAUUCUGGGAGCCUUGAUCGACGACACCAGACUAAAGAACAUGAAAAUUUGGCAAUGCGAAGCAGCGGCUAAAGAUGAGAAUUGCACUCAAGUUUGCUUUCUGAUGGCAGCCCUGUUUUCCAAAUUGAUCGGAAAGCAACUAUCUCGCACUCUGGUCAUUCAAAGAGGUCAUUUACAGUCGUUAAACUGAAUAGUUUUUUGUAGCUCGAGUGGUGCAACUCAAGUUGCUGUUUCAACAGGUACACACAGGAGAGAAUUUAGGUUUUUGAGAUAGGAAUGUAAUGUACAAGAGGUUCAUUGAUAUUUACUUACAGGUAGUUAUUGAUUUUGCCCAUGUUUUUCCAUUUGAGGAGAGACCAGUGGGGCUAAAGAAUUGUUUAGUUCCUCCAUGUUAGUGACAGAACUGGACAUCCUGAGACAUUGUUGUCGAAUUACACUCCCUAAUUCCGGGACGAAGUUCCAAACAGCAGCAACUACUUAUGUGAAUUUCAAAUAGAUUUUCGUCCAGAUUUCCUAUUUA